AGUCGCUGGUGUUACGGCAACCGCUAGCUUUGCGGUGGUGUACUUCUCGUAUCGCAGGGAGGAGUCAGACGUUAGUUUCUUCCAUAAACUGACAUGUUUAUUGAUUUAUAGCCAACCUUACAGCACGUUUAGACGCCUUUACGCAUAAUGUAGGUCGCGCAAAUCGCUGACGUACAUCUAUCGACGAAUUAUCGUGUGUGUUGUGUGUUUUUUUUUUUCGGUCGGCAGACAGACCGAAGGCAACAGGAAGGCGGAACAAGAUAAGCAGCGGAAACUAAAGGACCUCCAUAACAAAGAAGUGUGCGCAGGUUGUUUACUCAACCCUUUGACUCCCGUCCCUCUCGAUAGUAAAUAAUUCACCGGAGGCGUUCACCGUAGGCGACCAUGUCCAUGGCCCUGAAGCAAGUCUUCAACAAAGACAGGACGUUCCGGCCCAAGCGCAAGUUCGAGCCCGGCACGCAGCGCUUCGAGCUGCACAAGAAGGCGCAGGCGUCUCUAAACGCGGGCCUGGACCUGAAGCAGGCGGUGCAGCUGCCUCACGGCGAGGACCUCAACGACUGGGUGGCCGUCCACGUGGUCGACUUCUUCAACCGCAUCAACCUCAUCUACGGCACCAUCAGUGACUCGUGCACCGACCAGACCUGCCCCGUCAUGUCCGGCGGGCCCAAGUACGAGUACCGCUGGCAGGACGAGCACAAGUACAAGAGGCCAACCGCCCUGUCGGCGCCCAAGUACAUGAGCCUGCUCAUGGACUGGAUUGAGGUACAGAUCAACAAUGAGAACAUCUUCCCCACCAACGUCGGUACCCCCUUCCCCAAGAGCUUCAUGCAGGUGGCUAAGAAGAUCCUGUCGCGUCUGUUCCGGGUGUUUGUCCACGUCUACAUCCACCACUUCGACCGCGUCACCCAGAUGGGGGCCGAGGCUCACGUCAACACCUGCUACAAGCAUUUCUUUUACUUCGUCACCGAGUUCAACCUGACGGACCAAAAAGAACUGGAACCCCUGAAGGAGAUGACUUCUCGAAUGUGCCACUGAAGGACCGUGGACACGCUGGACACGCCCAUCCGUCCAUCUCCAAGACUGAAUCAGAGAGCGAAAUGGGAGCAAAGAAAUCCAGAGUCUAUUUUUAUAUUUAAGUACUGUAAUCUAUUUUAUCCACAUUCUUCAGGUUUUAAACAAGAAUCUUCUCAUGUGAGGCAAUCGGUUCCUUAAAAAAAAAAAAAAUCAAACAUGUUAUCAGAGCACAGUAUUAGGAGGCGUGUUAAUGUUUGUGUUGAUGUUUUUCUAUUUUAUUUUAACUGCAAUCAUUCCACGAUGCUAUCUUCUUAUUCUUGGUUUAAAAAAAAUGAUGUAAAAUUAGAUUUUUUUUUUUUUUUAUUUCUCACUGUAAGUCUUAAAAAAAAUCACUAUGUUGUUACAUUAAAGCGGUCUCUAAUCUG